ACAAAAAAAAAAAAAAUCAGACCUUUAUUUAUCAACAACAUCACAAUAAUGUCACAAUCAUCAACACCGAUCCACCGUCAUCUUCAACUCGGUCUUGAUCUUCUUCUUCUUUCUACCGACACCUAAUUUUUUGGUCUCAACAUUCGAAUAAUCUCUCAUUUUGCUUUCUUCGAUUUGCUUUCUGAAAGGAAAGUUUGCGACUUUGAUUGACUUCCGAUGAAGCUUCGACAAACCCAGGGUUUUGUCUGAAUCAUUGUGGUCUGUUUGUUUCCGAGAGAUUUUUGUACUUGAAGGGUUUUAAGAAGAAGAAGCAGCAGAGAACAUAAAUGGGUUGUGCUGGAUCGACACAGUCGCAAGGAGAAGGAUCAGUGAAGAAAAUUAGGAAGCCGAAACCAUGGAAACACACCCAACCGAUUACAAAAGCUCAGCUUAUGCAACUGAGAGAAGAGUUUUGGGACACUGCUCCUCACUAUGGUGGUAGGAAAGAGAUAUGGGACGCACUUCGUGCUGCUGCUGAAGCUGACAUAUCUCUUGCGCAAGCAAUCGUUGACAGUGCAGGAGUCAUUGUUCAGAACACGGAUCUCACAACUUGCUAUGACGAGAGAGGUGCUAAAUAUGAGCUACCUAAGUAUGUUCUAAGCGAGCCUACCAACUUGGUGGAAGAAAGUUGAUUAAGAUCAAGAAUAUUUUGAAAAGACGAGAAAAAAGGGAGAAGCAAAAAUGUAAAUCUUGUGUGUAAGUAGUUACAUUAGGAUUCUCUGGUAUUGUCUGUUUAACACUU